CCCCAUCCGUGGUCUCGCGGAUCGAUCUUGUUCGUGCCUUGGGAGAGUAGAGGGAUCCGAGAGACUUGCCUGCACACCCUGACGCUCGGGAGAACCAUAUUGGUUGACAUGUUGUGUCGCCCCGCGGGACGACCCAUUGCCGCAGCGGCAACGCCGCUCCGCGCAGCCCAUGCGCGAGGGCGUCCGUGCUCGAGGAGUUCCACCUGCGCCCCAGGGGCCCCUCGCUGGAAGAGGCGCUCGCGCGCGUCGUGCGCUGGUUCGAGAACUUCCUGAUGAUGCCCGUUCGGCGCGUGCAGGUGGGGCGCUUCGUGGAGCCGUGGGACGCGCCCGGCUCCUCCCCGACCGACUGGCUAGGCUUCGCGAGAGACUUGGGCUUUGUCAUCGACAGGGUGUGGCCCCCGAAGCCGGAGUCGGUGGCCCAGGGCUUCACGCGCACCCUGGGCGUCAUGGGCAGGAUCGCCCGGGCGGUCCGCGAGGGCGCCGCCUCGGUCGACGGCUCGGGGCUGCCGAGGCUCGUGUGCAUCUUGUCGAACCAGCUCAUCUUCGACCACGAGAUCCGGCUGGCGCAGCGCGAGGGAAUCAGCACCGUUGUGAUCCAUCAGCCUCUGCCCGGCAAGGCCUUCACGGAGUGCAGGGGUACCUACUACCCGGCGAGGAGCAACGCCACGAUCCGCAUCGACGCGCUGGACUGGGACACGCUCACGGCCGAGCUGGCCGACGCGACGUCCGACCCGUUCUUGGCUGGCGCCUUCGCGCCGGACGCGCCGAUCGCGGC